AUGAGCUCGUUCGACCAGUCUCGAGGCUUCCACGCGCCCUCUGGCCUCGCACGGCACGACUCGUACUCGAGCGCCGACCCUUGGGGCUCGCUGCCUCCCGCCAGCGCCGCGCCUCCCCCACCCGCUCCCCUCGCCGACGACCACCUCCCGCCCUUCUCCACCUUCACGGCCGGCACCAGCAUCAUCACGAACGACUACGGCGUCGUCACCCAGGCCGGCUCGAGCGGUCGAGCGGGUGCGAGCGGGGGAACCGGCGGUGGGUUCGGCGACAACUUGCUCGAGGGGCAGUCGCCGGACGGACCGUGGCAGCUCCCGCGGCAGCAGAAGGUCGAGCUCGUCCUCCAGGGCGACCUCGACGGGUGGAUGGUCAAGCAUCACGUUUACCAGGUCGUCCAGCCCGAGAAGGGCACGUCGGUCACCCGUCGGUACUCGGACUUUGUGUGGCUCCUCGACUGCCUCGCUCGCCGGUACCCCUUCCGCUCCCUCCCCUCCCUCCCGCCCAAGCGCCUCCACCUCUCCGGCCACUACCUCGCGACCGACGACCUCUUCCUCGAGCGCCGCCGCCGCGGUCUCGAGCGCGCCCUCACCACCCUCGUUGCGCACCCGACCGUCGGCCACGACGCGCUCCUCUCCCACUUUCUCUCGGCGCCCGACGACCUCGCCGUGUACCGCAAGAGCAGCGCGGCCAACGUCUCGCUCGACGAGGAGAGCGUACAGCGCGUCCUCACCCCGAGGGAGGAAGGGUCGCUCCCCGCCGACGUCGACGCGCGCCUCGCCAGCCUGCGCCAACGCCUGCCCGCCCUCGUCGACUCGUGGACCCGGAUCACGACCGUCGCCGACCGACUCGCGCACCGCCGCCUGAACCAAGGCAAGGAGUACGAGGCGCUGCACGACGCGCUCGAGCGCGCCGUCGAGGUCGAGGGCCGAGGAUGGCGGCCCAAGGAGGUCGAGCAGACGGAGCGCGAGGUGAGGGCGACGAGCGGCGUGGCGGCAGACGUCGCCGAGACCGAGGGUGCGAGCGCGAGGAGGAGCCUCGAGACGGUCGUCGAGGAGCUCAAGCAGCAUCGCGAGAUCUACACGGGCCUGCGCGACCUCUUUGCGCGACAAGCGGCGCUCGGCGGCGACAACGUCGACAAGCUGCAGAAGCGGGUCGAGACCAACCUCGCCAAGCUCAACCUCCUGCGCUCGCUCAACCCUCGGCCUCCCUCUUUCGACGCCGACGCCGACAAGCUCUCGUCCGUCCUCGCAGCCGACCAGCGCUCGAUCGAUGCCGCUUUGGGGCGACGUCGCUUCAUCCGGUGGUGCGUGUGGGAGGAGGUGCGGUGGGCGUGGCGAAGCACGAGCCUCCUCAACCUGACGCUGCGCGACUAUGCGGCGCAUGAGACGUCGUACGCGCGCCGGCUCGCCGAUCAAUGGAGCUCGCUCGCCGAGGCGCUCGGACCGCCGGCGGCGUAGCAGAGGCUUCCGAGGAGGGACGGGUCUAUUGCAGGGCAGGAAUACGAUGCUUUCUACAAAUACGACACGUGAACAGAGAGAGAGGGAGAGCGCCGGGAACGGCGGGAACGGCGAGAUGGACUCGAGGGAGGGGAACGCUCAGAGGCUGUGGUGCAGGUUGGCGAAAUAGGCGGCGACGGCGGCGAGGACUGCGAGGAGGAGGAUGGCGAGGCCGGUGAGCCAGCUGAGCCAGCUCUCGGCGCGCUCGAGGGCCGCCUCUUUGUCCUUGAACUGUCGCUGUAACUCGUCGAGCUUGCGGCGAGCGCGCUCGACGUUACCGAUGCUCUUGUCGAGCGAGGCGUCGCUCUCGUUGACGCGGCUCUGCGACUCGCC